GAGAAUAUGUUAUUGCCAACACGUGAAGCCAUGGUAUUUCUCAAAAUUCUUCCCAUGAAUGGUGGAAAUGGCAAAAGCAGCUAUGCCAAUAAUUCACUCCUUCAGAAAAAAAUGAUAUUGGAGGUGAGGCCAUUUCUUGAGGUUUCCAUCAAAGAUGCUUUCAGCUCAGGUAUUCCCAGUUGUGUUAAACUAGCAGACUUGGGUUGCUCUUCAGGACCCAACGCUCUUUCAGCCAUUUCCGAAAUUAUACACACCAUCCAUGGGAUGUCAAAAAGAAUGAAUUGCAAGUCGCCCGAGUUCCAAGUGUUUCUGAAUGAUCUUCCGGGAAAUGACUUCAACAACAUUUUCAGUUUGCUGCCGGAUUUCAAUGAGAAGCUGACAAAGGAGGAGGACGACACACUGGGGCAUUGUUUCAUAACGGGAGUACCAGGUUCUUUCUACAGCAGGAUUUUUCCGAGCAGGAGCCUAGAUUUUGUUCACUCUUCUUGUAGCGUUCACUGGCUGUCUCAGGCUCCAGCUGGGCUAGAAAAGAACAAGGGACAUAUAUACAUUGCCAAUGGAAGCCCUCCCACCGUCAUCCAAGCAUACACAAACCAAUUUCAGAGGGAUUUCUCAUUAUUUUUAGGCUUGCGCUCCGAGGAAAUAAAACUUGCAGGGCGUAUGGUUAUUACGAUAAUAGGCAGGAGUAUGGAAGAUCCCUCUGGCGGAGAAUGUUGUGACCUUUGGGAGCUGCUAGCCGAAUCUCUCACCGACAUGUUGGCGGAGGGGCUGAUUGAAGAGGCUGAUUUGAAUUCGUUCAAUAUUCCUAUAUAUUAUCCCUCUGAGGGUGAAGUCAGGGCUGUGGUUCAAGAAGAAGGGUCCUUCAAUCUUGAUAAGAUUGAAAGUUUUGAAGCCAAUUGGGACCCCUUUGAUGACAGCGACAAGUAUAGAGAAGCACAAAACGUGGCAAAUUAUGUAAGGAGUAUUACAGAGCCCACCUUGAAGAGUCAUUUUGGAGGCGCUGUAAUUGGAAAUUUAUUUGGAAGGUAUGCGGAUCAUCUGGCCAAGCAUCUUUUGAUGGAGAAGGGAAAAUACUUUUUCAUGGUCAUUUCCCUGACAAAGAAAUAAUUGGUAAUGGGAGUUGCACUUUGUUUAAUACUGUCAUACAUCCAGUAUGUUCGGUAAAGAAUAAAAUUGAAUUCACGAGAAUAAUGUAACUGUGAUUCAAAUUCAUGUACAGUGACAUGUAGCAAAGGCUUAUGAUUUGACUUUAUUAA